AUGUUCAGACGUUUCAUUCACUGUAUUUACAAUCAAAAAACAUUUUCUCUAUAUUUUGUCAGAUAUUUGUAUGAUUUACUACAACGAAAUCAAACGGUAUCUGAUACUAAUCGAGAUUUAUUAAUUGACACAUUAUGGCGUAUAUCAGAAAUAUUAAUAUGGGGUGAUCAAAAUGAUAGUUCUGUAUUUGAUUUCUUUUUGGAAAAAGGCAUGCUCAAUUAUUUUUUGAACUAUAUGCGUCAAAAACAUGGCCGAUAUAUUUGUGUUCAAUUGUUACAGACAUUAAAUAUAUUAUUUGAAAAUAUUCGUCAUGAAACAUCUCUAUACUAUUUAUUAUCGAAUAAUCAUAUCAAUAAUAUAAUUAUGCAUAAAUUUGAUUUUGCUGAUGAAGAAAUUACAGCCUAUUACAUAUCAUUUCUUAAAACAUUGUCGUUAAAACUCAAUACAUCUUCAAUUAAUUUUUUUUAUAACGAGCGUAACAAUGAUUUUCCAUUAUAUGUUGAAGCAAUCAAAUUUUUUAAUCAUCCAGAAACAAUGAUUCGUAUUGCUGUUCGUACAUUAACACUCAACGUAUACAAAGUUCCCGAUCAUGCAAUGCAUCGUUUUAUAUUAGAUCGUACAGCAACACAAUAUUUUUCAAAUUUUGUAUGGUUUAUACGAAAUCAUAUAAUUGAUUUUGAUAAUUUAAUACGAAACAAUCGCGAUGUUAACAAUCGUGGUUAUUUGACAUGUGGACUUGAAGAAUAUCUCGAUCAUUUACAUUAUUUACAAGACAUAUUCUUAUUAAACGUUGAUAGUUUAAAUGUUGUAUUAAAAAACCAAUUAAUGAAUCGUUUACUUAUACCUGUAUACGUCUUUUCGUUGAUUAAACGAGAUAAAUUUUGUAGCUUGAAGGAUCCUCGCGUUACGAUCGAUCAAACAUUGGCCUUUUUCCUUCUUGCAGAUAUAUUUCUUGUUAUUCAAUAUAUGCCGAUUGUUGAACAAUUAGCUAGUAUUAUUUUAUCGGCUGAUAUUGAGACAGUCGAAGCGAUACAGAGAAGAUUUGGCGAACAGGUAGUGUAUACAACACCUCCUGUUCCUCUUGAUGUCUGUCUGACACAGUCAGAUUCUAAAGAAAAAUUGAGUCGACAAUCUCCGGCAGAUGGUGUUUUAUUAAACGUUGUCGAUAUUGAUAAUAAUAAUAUUUUACGAUGUUCUGAGAAUGAUAAAAAUACAAGUACAAAUUUCUCUCCAUCUCCACCACUCUCGUCAAGUUCAUCAUCCAUAAGUCGAGAUCAUUCGCCUCAAAAAUUGAGUACAUCUCUUACACCAUCCUCGAAUUCAUCAGUAACACCUAAAACAGAAUCCUUAUUUGUAUCAAAUUGGACAGAUGAUGAAAAAUGUAAACGACAAUUGACGCGUACAUCAUUCAACGAUUUACAGUUAGCACAACGACCAUAUUUUGAAGCAUUGAUCAAUGCACUUAAUUGUAUAGACAAUGAUCAACAAUGUUUUUAUGCUCUCAGUUUAAUAUAUACAAUGUGUAAUAAUCCAUUUGUUGAUAGUAUUAUUUUGGAAUCUGUUGGUUUAACAAUGAAAUCGAAAGAAAAACAAUUUUAUAACAGUAUUAUAAUGGAUCAAUUAUGUGAAAUUCUUAAAUUGUCAACAAUGCCAGAUUCAAAGAUUCGUCUUGUUACAUUGGAUUUAACUAUUAAAAUAUUGAAAAAUUUUGUUUACGAUGAACAGAAAUGUACAUCAUCAUUAUCCGAUCAUCAUUUAGCUUGUGUUGAACAAGCACAUGAACAAGCAACAGAAGAUUUAAGACGACAUUAUAAACAUCAAGAAAUGUUUUUAGAUUUAUUUGAAGAUGAAUAUCGUCAAAUUCAAAUUAAUCCUAUUCGACUUGAAUAUGUACUAAAAGAUGCUUGUAUGUUAUUACCGCCUACGACAACACCAUUGAGUGGAAUUGAAUUUACAAAACGUUUACCAUCGGGUGAUAUUGAACGAGCGAGAAGAUCAAUUCGUAUAUUUUUUUUGUUACGUUCGUUAUCAUUAGACUUAAGUUUAACAACUGAAACUCUAUUACCAUUAGUACGUCAAGAAAGUUUAGUAAAAGAAAAUGAUGUACUCGAUUUAAACAAUAGUGAUUUGAUUGCAUGCACUGUUCAUAUGAAAGAUAAAAAAGAUCGUCGAUUUCUCGUCACAGAUCCACUGCAAUUUAUUUUGAUUGAACCUGAUAUAAAACGUUUAGGUUGGGGUAUUGUUAAAUUUUGUGAUCUGAUGCAGGAUGUAGAAGUGACCGGUGAUAAAGAAGAUAGUCGAUCAUUACAUAUUACAAUUCAUAAACCUGCAAAUAAUGUUUAUGUUAAAUCAAAUCCAUCUGCUUUGAAUGCAAAAUUUACAUUUGAUGACCAUAUUCGUUGUAUGACUGCAAAACAAAAUUUAACAAAAGGACGUCAACGAGCACGUGCCACAAAAAUGCAAACAAUUGCGCAAAUCUUGGAAAUUCCAGAUUUAUCGCCAAAUAUAAAUCAAUCUUUUCUUAAUCCUGCAAUGGGUGCAACAUUUUCUCAAACAAUGUUAGGAUUUCCAUCUUCCAGUUUGACAGGUCAACCUGGAUUAUUCAAUCAUCCAGGUCGUGCUGCAUUAAUUUCUGGUCCAAAAUCUCAACCUGUUACCACAAAUUCACUGUCAACAAGUCGAUCUAUUGCAUCCAGUACAAAUACUUCGUCCUCGCCAGUUUUAAGUCAGAUUACCAGUAGAAGAUAUUCAUUAUCGCGAGCGAUUUCUGAACAAUCAAAUUCAACUGAGAACAGAAAAUUUACGGAUAAUGAGAUUACCAACUAUAACAAUCACAAUACAAGUAGAAAAACAUCACUCACGGUUUACGGCGAUGGAUCUCAAUCUCAAGCACAUAAAAAUUUGGAUGAUUUGCCUAGUGAAACUUCAUCCUCAUCGAGAUCAAAUACAAUCAAAUCUCUGAUACCUGCUCAAGAAGCACCGGUUAAUUUACUUGAACAACCCAAUAUAAAAGAAAAAGCAAUGGUCCAAAUACUUUCUCCACAGUAUGAACGAGUGAGUAAAUCUUGCUAA